AUGACAACACUGCAGUAUCAACUAAUGGAUUUCUUUGUGGUCAAUUUUUCCAUGAAUCUAUCCGUAAAUUCUGCUUACUCCGUAGUUCAAUUCACAUUUUUCUCGGAUACCGUUCUGAAAGAUCUGAAAGCGUUUCUCACCGAACAAUUGGGGUACGACAUCUUCACUUCUCGUAACAAAAUCAAUAAUCUUCGUAAACUCCACUCGACUGUUGACGAUUAUGAGAUCACCAAGAAAGAAACGAUGAAAAAAGUGGGAUCGCGAGAAGUAAAUGUGAAAUCGGCAGUCAUUAAAGCAAAAGACGCAUCCGCAUUAAUCAGUAGGCGACUCGAAAGAUUAUCCGAUAGCAAUCAGCUCCGAUUCAAGAGUGAAGAUGAUCCUGUUGUUAUCCGAUACGGCGGUGAUAAGGGUGGAUCUCAAACCAAACUCUGCAUAAUGUUUGGUAGUAUCGACCACCCAAACAAUCCCCACAGUCUUCUGCUUGUGGGCAUGUACAAGGGUUCCGAUGACUCCAAGUCACUGCAGGAAUAUAUGGGCUCGGUGUUCGAACAGAUCAAUGAGAUAUCCACGCCGAGAAAGGCCAUGAGAUCACUAGUCCUAUCGUCGUUGUUGCCAUCGGCACUGUAA